UGAUUCCUGGAAUACUGUGGACUUGGUCGCCCCUGGUUCAGUAAACAAUGCCGUUUGUACAGCGGGGAGCUAACUGUGUUCUUGGUGUUGUCUGGUGAUUCCUGCUUGGCACCUAAAUUAGAGCUGCACUUGGAUAUAAAGAAUGGGCGGGAGAGGCAAAAGAGGCGAUUCCUUUCUGUCAGCAGUCUCAUCUCUGAAUAUUCCUUCUACUCAGAAUCAAGCAUGCAGCCGCCCCACAUUUGAAGCUAUGGAUCAGCCAGCAGGUUUUGUCACGCGAGUAAUCUGCGAACCAUCCUUUUUUACCCACUGAGCGAUAGAGAGAGCGAGAGAGAGCGAGAGAGGGGGUUAGGCUGAAGCAGGUGAUCGAGACAGAACAAACCUCCAAGGGGCUCCUUGAGAUCAGUGUGCAGGAUUCUCGUCCUGAUCAUGGUGCCAGUAAGUUCCCCUGGACAGUGCGCCAUGCUGGCUGUUGCCCUUCUCCUGGGAUAUGGCGUUACUUUUACCCUGGGACAGAAUGAAACGGAGCCGAUUGUUUUGGAAGGAAAAUGCUUAGUGGUGUGUGACUCGAACCCGUCCUCAGACGGCGGGGUCACCUCCUCGCUUGGGAUUUCAGUGCGGUCUGGCAGCGCCAAAGUGGCUUUUUCUGCGGUUAGGAACACCAACCACGAACCGUCUGAAAUGAGCAACAAAACCAUGACCAUCUACUUCGACCAGGUAUUAGUUAAUGUUGGAAAUCGUUUUGAUCUUUCUUCGAGUGCAUUUGUAGCUCCAAGAAGAGGAAUAUACAGCUUUAGCUUUCAUGUGGUUAAGGUAUACAACAGGCAGACAAUACAGGUCAGUCUGAUCCAAAAUGAACACGCAGUGAUAUCUGCGUUUGCCGGUGACCAGGAUGUUACCAGAGAAGCAGCUAGCAAUGGAGUUCUCCUCCACAUGGAAGGAGGAGACAAGGUGUAUCUCAAGCUGGAAAGGGGUAACCUAAUGGGAGGAUGGAAAUAUUCAACCUUUUCGGGAUUCUUAGUUUUUCCUGUCUAAAAGUCUCUAAUGGAUUUGAUUCCAUAUGACUGCCUUUUAUGCUAGAACAUAAGAAUAUAACCUCAACUAAUAAAACUACCACUGAAGCAGAAUGACUUCUUACUAACUAUACAUUUACAGUGAAUAUUGACAUUUUCCUUGGAACCCGCGUUUCUAAUUAGUCUCUGGUUACUGUAAUCUCUAGGAUAAAGGAAUUUGUCGACAUGUGCAAUUCAUACAAGUGAAGGUAAACUCAUGCUUGGAUUUUAUUCUUGGGGAACCCAUUGAUCUUUUGUCCAGAGACAAUUUGGUGGACUACUAAACUGAUGUGAAGAUGUUCCAGCUGAAGAAUCAGUCCUGAAUUGUGUGUCUCAAUGCUUUUUUUGUGUUUGUAUAGCCUUAAAAAAAGAUGGCUUCAGUCCAGUAAAGUGUGUGCAUAUUUGGAUGUUCCUGUGUCAAGAAGUGCUUUAUAAACAAAAGCAAAUUUUGCACUAAUGGAAGAUUAUUUUGUUUAGUUGUUGUGUUGUUUAAAGUGGUGUUUUUGGAUGCUGAGUUUGAAAUAGGUGUCAAUAACAUGAAGUAUAUUAUUUAAAAUUAGUUUACAAAUCAGCGUCAUAUUUCUGACUUGCUGGAAAAUUAAAAAAAAAUAUUGGAGAACUAUAUUGCUAAGCUUUUAGCUUAAUGUAUAAUUACAUGUUCACAGUGUUGUCUAUCCUCCGUUUUUGGGUGAGCAUAGCUUUAAUAUAUUUGUUCAAUGACUUUGCUCACAAAUGUUUGAGUGUUGUGACAGAACUACAUAACAAUGAUCAUAUAUGCGGGAAAAUAAUAAUAAAAAGUCUGUAUUGUUUGCUUAUUUUAUUUUUAAUUAUUCAGAAAUUUAGUCCAACAAAUAACCAUAAAUAGUUCCUUUUUUGUUUGCUUGUUUCUAUUUUUUCAGCAGCUUAUGUUUUUAGCUGAUCCUCUGUCCUUGGUACUGAAGUGCACAGGACAAAACAAAGAACAAAACGUCCCUCUAUUGAUGUAUAUAUCCAGAGCGAAAAUACCCACUUACAUAUUUUUAGAAGAGAAAUGUGAAUACUUGAAACAUAUUAUAAUUAAUAAAGUGGCAAGAGUAAUGGCUCAAAACGUAAGAUAAACUGGGUGUUUGGACCUAACUGUUCAUUCACUGGUCAAGAUUGAGGGCUGUGAAGAGGAAGGAGAUCUCGGGAAUUGAUAAUAGGAGACAUGCACUUUAAUAAGGAUGAGCAAGGAGAUUCCCCUUGUCUCGUGGAGAGCCGUCCUCACAGAGUUCCAAGGCUGGGAAGCAACCAAUACUUCCCCAAGGGGGAUCUAGAGGUGAGAAAAUGGAUGACAGUAUUAGAUAGAUUUGGCCAGGGUUCCUCCUUUUAGCUGAGACCCUUCCCCUGCGGAGGAUGAAGUCAGCGGUGACUGGGCUUCUAAGGUUGGGAAGGGAGCUUCACUUUACCCCCAGAGGGGGGCCGUUGCAGAGCUGGAGUGGCACUUGCAGAGGUGGAGUGGAAGAAUAGAGGAGGAAAGCAUAGUGGGGGAGGAGGAGAGGAUGGUGGAAAACUAAAGACCAUAAGACAGAGAACAAGCGCAUGACUUAGGGUUUAAAUAAGGGUUAGCAGAUUAUAUUGGUAAGAAGGAAAUAAGGGGGAAUGAGCUCAUGCAUCUCAAAUCACA